CUUCAAAGGUCUUUGUGUGCACCUGGCGCUGGGCCUGCAAAAGCCCCUCGCACAAGUAACCGUCUGAGAAGGAGAUGAAAAAGGCCUAGAGCCUCACUGGUCCUCUAACAUCCUCUAGCCCCUGCCGGCGUUGCUUCCGCUGCGUUCACGUUCUCUGCGGGCCAGGCUGCCAGGUUGGACCUCGGUCCCCGCUCGCGCCAUCCUCUGCGGACGCAUGUUGGGACAUGACAACGCCAGUGUCGACCACCAUGACAACUGGGGGAUCAUCACGGCACAUGGCGUGCAAGCCAUGUCGAGACCGCAAGGUACGCUGCGGCGGCGAACAGCCGAUAUGUGACAAGUGCAGGAGGGCGGGCGAGCACUGUGACUACCUCCCGACGCAGAAGCCGACCAAGGCCGACUUGGCCCAUAAGGUUGAGGCAUUGCAGAGACGCCUAGACGAAGCAGAGGCAUACAUCCGAGCCACCCAGUCCCGGGCUUCGUCAAGCAGAGGCGUCACCGUGCCGUCUCCCCACGGUAGCGACUGGCUUGUCAACCCAGACGCCCAGUGCCUGCCCUCCUCGUCAGAUGGCCAGAGCCCUGCAGUCCCAACACAGUCGUCGUCGUCCGGGCCGAUUUUUCAAGACUCACCACAGGCCGCCAUCGACCAGCCGGCACAAAGAAGGCAGUGUGCCGCCCUGAUAGGCCCAUUCCAGGGCGAUGGGGACCUGGACAUGAGCAUGGACCCCAACGGCCUCGACUUCUUCCCGCACGACAGCUUCGUGUUCCAGAGGGGCCUCAGCGAGGAGGGGGGCGCCGCCGUGCUCGAGCCCCUCAAGAGCUUCACCUCGGCCGUGUUCCGCAGCCAGGCCGAGCAGUCCGUCAUGGCGACCGUCGUGGCCGACUACCUGGCCUGGCUCCGCAAGGCGCCCCCCGGCGGCGGCAUCCCGGCCGCGGCGGAGAACCCCGUAUACCUAGGCAUGCUCGAGACGCUCGAGAAACGCCUACGCGAGCUGUGCGACGCCAGCCGGUCGCGCGGUGGUGCCGCGGUGAGGGAGCUCGUGGCGGCGCUCGAGGCCGUCGCGCCGCCCGGCGGUGCCAUGGCGGCCAGGCUGGGCUCGCUCGAGGAGGACGUCCAGAAGGAGGCGCUUGAGCACGCCGCCGAGUUCCGGGCCAGGUACAACCCCUGCGCCCUGCUCUCGAAGCAAUUCCCGAGUGGAUCACCCUGAUUACAUACCUAGUAGUAUGUAUUGUCCUAUCUAUCGGAAUAUCCGGAUGCCACUGUGGCCAUGGUUACGACAGCUGCGUGGGCUUAGAUCAGAGAUGGAGAAGAUUCAUUCAGUUACGGGGCGUGGGUGAGGGCUCGGCAAAAGAAACAAAGGGUUUGGCGGAAGCUGUCUCCAACAUUGCUGGCGGCGUGGCAGCGUUGAAAUGUCAUAUUGAACCACCAGUGGACCACGUCGCCCCCCCGCGCAACCUCUCCACCAGCCAGAAGUUCGGACCGCCAAAAUCGCGACACACAAUUAUUUCAUAAUGAGCGUGCAUAUUGGUCCAUAGAGGUCCAAAACUGCAAAUAGAUUCGGGCUUGCAAUUGAGGUAUCUCAUGAGGCUAGGAUAAGAUGGGUUUAGUACCUUAUUUUCUAGGGUUUUCUCACAAAGGGCUUUGGAGUCAGGAGUAAAGGGUGUUGAUAUUUAAUUUAGUUUCAGUCCAAUCUAAACAUCCUCUGUGUGUACA